GCUGCAAACUGCCCCUGCACCAAUUUAGCGCCCAAGCCGCAGGUUCCAGGUCCCCUUUCUCUUUCGUUUCCGCUCCUUACUAUUACUUCCCCUAGACUCCCCGACUUCAGGUCUACCUACCCAGUACCCCAGUCUUCCUGGCUGGCGUGAAGCAGCUCCGCCGUCCUUCCGCCCUCUCCCUUCCCCAGAUCUCCCCCAGCACCCCCGAUCUCCCGCGUCUCUCCGGCACUCGGCUCCCACGCAUGGCGAACCAUCCAUACCUUCGCGCCCCAGCCCCAGCUUCUCGGGGCGGGGCCUCGGGUUGGUAGCAAGGGCGGGACUUCCGGCGGCGGGAGGAAACCGACAGCAAGCACCCAUGGCUUGGUCCCCAAAGCUGGUAGGCGUUCCCCUUAAGGUUCAGAGAUUCCACACUGCGGCGUGUCGCUACAAAGGCCGGACGGGCGCCGAGCACCUGUGGUUGAUGCGCCAUCUAAAGGACCCGUUUGUGAAGGCCGCAAAAGCGGAGAGUUACCGCUGCCGCAGCGCCUUCAAGCUGCUGGAGUUGAAUGAGAAGCAUCAGAUCCUGCGGCCCGGCCUCCGGGUGCUAGACUGUGGAGCGGCUCCGGGAGCCUGGAGUCAGGUGGCGGUGCAGAAAGUCAACGCCACAGGCGCAGACUCCAGCUCUCCUGUGGGCUACGUGCUUGGGGUUGAUCUUCUUCACAUAUUCCCUCUGGAAGGAGCAACCUUUCUAUGCCCUGCCGAUGUGACUGACCCCAGAACUUGCCAGAGAAUUCUAGAACUGCUUCCCAGAAGGAGCGCGGACGUGAUUCUGAGUGACAUGGCACCCAACGCCACUGGGUUCCGAGACCUCGAUCACGACAGGCUCAUCAGCUUGUGCCUUACCCUUGUGGAGAUGGCCGCGGACAUCCUGCAUCCCGGGGGGACGCUGCUGUGUAAAACCUGGGCUGGAAGUAAAAGCCCCCUGCUGCAGAAGAGACUGACCCUGGAAUUCCAGAACACAAGGGUCGUGAAGCCGGAGGCCAGCAGGAAGGAGUCUUCAGAGGUGUACUUCUUAGCCACACAGUACCGGGGAGGGAAGGGCUCCGCGGAGCAGUGAGCCUGCCCUGCCCUGCCCUGCCCUUCUGGGAGUGCUUUUCUGGAGAGCGGCUGCGAUCUGAGCUGCAUUGUGCAUGUGAACAGCAUAUCCACAGGCACCUCCGGGUUUUUAAAGAGAUGAAAGACGUGUUCGAGGGUUGUGAAAAAUGAUACAACAGAAACAGUCUUCUAUGUCAUGA